AUCACGUGACUUUGACGGAAGUUCUAGCAGGCCAUUUUGCACCGACCGACCAGCGGAGAUCUUUAUGUAGCUGCGCCGUUUGUUUCGAAACGUCUAGCUGGGUGGACGGAGCGUGAGGAGAGAGGGCCAUCAUGGCAGCUAAUGCAGAAGGCCUGGAGUGGCGUCAAGCCCGUCAGUACCUGAUAAACAGCGGCGUGAUUCCGCCGACACACCGCGUGACUAAACCUGACGUGGAUCUGGUGGACUUCGCUCGCUCUCUACGAGAUGGCGUGUUUCUCUGUAGCUUGCUCAACAUAAUGAAGCCGAACUGUGUUGAGGACUGGUCACCCAGGCCGCUCAUGCAGCACUACUACCUGCGUAACAUUGCGGCUUUCCUGCAAGCCUGCAAGAAGCACUUCAACUUGCAAGACCUGUUUGUGGAGACUGAUCUCUAUGAGGUGGACAACUUCAAGAAGGUGAUGCAGGUUCUGUCUCGGCUGUCCCACUCGCCUGAAGCCCUGGGCCUGGGCUGGGUACCUUUCCCACGCAAGGAGCAGCGGAACUACUACAACCAAGUCGCCAACGAGGAGAGCAUAUAUGCAUCUCUACAAGAUGUCACUAGCUCUCACGACCGGCUGUAUGCCAAUGUGGACGAACUGUAUGAUCAUAACCCGGAGGAGGAGGAAGACCCUUAUAGUUAUGGAAACGAGAGCAUCUACGACUCCAUCUGCUACUACCAGGCACAGCCCCAGGCAGGAAAAGCCACAGACGUUGACGAGAAGAAAUCAUUCAUUCUGGCUGAGCUCUAUGAGACCGAGAAGAACGUGGUUCGUGUGUUGAACCUCAUCUGUCACAGCUACCACGGAGCAGUCAAGGCUCUCAUCUCGCCAGAGGACUGCAGGCUGCUCUUCGACACUGCACAGCAACUGUAUCCGGUUCACUGCAGUCUGCUGGAGGGUCUGGAGAGGUCGCAGGAAAUGAAGAACGACUCGAGCAGAGCUGUGGCUGAUGUGACGCAGCAUUUCCUGAAUCAACACUCUGGCUUUCUUCACUAUGGGCAAUAUGCUGUGCGGCUUCCCUUUGCAAUUGAGAGGGCCAAGUUGCUGCAGACCAGGGGAGACACCGCCAAGGCCAUGAUGAGUGUCCAGCAGAACUCCGGGCCCUCUGAGAGAAAGUUCCCUCUCUCUGACCUCCUCCACGUCCCCAUUCAGAGAGUCCUUAAAUACCCGCUACUCAUGAACGAGCUGCUCAAGUGUGUUCAGAAACAGUCGCUGCCUUCGUCCCAGGCAGAGAAGGUCAACCUCAAUACCGUCAUUGACCAGUUGGAGGACCUGGCCAGGUACAUCAACUCCACCAAGGGAGAUGCGGAGGACAUGAAGCAGAUCGAGGAGGUCGAGCAGAGCUUCUCAGAGCCUCUGCGCACGCCUCUCCUCCAGUGUGGUCGCUACCGACUGGACGGGGAGCUGAAGGUGAAGGCUCCUUGUGACAACGGGUCCUCAAAGAAGUGGGUGUUUCUCUUUGACAAAGUCAUGUUGGUGUGUCGCAAGCCACGUGCCGUAUUUGACCAGCGCUACGUGGUGAAGACAGUGUAUGAAGUGGCCCAGCUGAGGGUGGAGCCCAUGCUGCAUCAGCCACGCACCAAGGGCCAGUUUGGGCUCCAGAUCUACUAUGGUGGGACCCUGGAGAUCGAGGUGUUUACCAAAACUGAUGAAAUGAAGAGUAGAUGGAUGGAGGCCAUUAAACAAGCCAAAGAGGUGACUGCUCCCCAGAACUCCAACAGAGGGAACCACAGCUUCGAGCUGACAACGUUUGAGGAGGCCUGUCUCUGUGACGUCUGUGGGAAGCUCCUCUGUGGCUGCUAUUUCCAGGGCUACUACUGCCAAGCCUGCAAGAAGUCAGCUCAUUAUAGUUGCCUGGCCUCCGUCCGUGCCUGCAGCUCCAUGCACCCUCCAGCCCUGCCUCCCUCGCGGCACCCAGCACUAGCUCCUCGACACAGCCUCCAGGGUACAGAACCUCCUCCCCCUAGUCCUCGCAACCAGUUCCCUCGCAGAGGCACCUCCUUACAUGAGCCGGACCUCCACGGGGGACACCCUACAAUAUUUGUGGCAAAGCAACGUUACGAUGCUAUUGGUCAUCGACAGUCGAGGAUAUUGACCUUUGACCGUGGUGAGGAGCUGGAGGUGACGAACCCUGUCCCUGGCUCCGAGUGGUGGGAGGCGACAUCACUCCGGACUGGCAGACAGGGGGAAGUCCCUUCCAGUUACCUUAGCAAGAAACACGAUGAUCUUAAUCUCGACCAGAUGAGUGAGGAGGAGAGGAUUCGAACCUUCAGUUGGUAUGGCUGGCUAGUGUGGGCUCACUGGAGUCACUGUGAGAGGCUGUCUCUCUCUCUAUCUGCAGGUUCAUUGGAAAGAUGUCUCGCAUCGAGGCCGAGCAGUGUCUCCACAGAAUGAAGGAUGGAGUUUUUCUAAUCAGAGAGAGUGAUGCGCGAAAGGGGGAGUAUGCCGUUGCUCUCAGGUGGAAACACAUGCCAAAACACAUCAAGAUCUGCAAGCACCCAGACACCAAGCGGUUCUAUGUGUCAGAUGUCACCGAUUUCCAGUCUGUGUGGGAACUGGUGAGCUUCUACCAGACCAACUCACUGGGGACCAGUUUUCCUGGUGUGGACACUACCCUCCAAUUCCCCUACAAGGAGGUGGACCUUCGCUCUCGUGGAGGAGUGUCCAACCCUCCUGCCCCACCCCCUCUUCCUCCGUCUCGCUCAAACCCUCCACUCCCCUCCCCUCAGCCCCACCACGAGAGGGAGCUGUGGGCCGAGGUACUCUUCAACUUUUCUUCAGAGUAUCCCGACGAGAUGAGUAUCGAGAAACAUGAACAUGUGCAAGUGCUAGAGAAGCAGACGGAUAAACCUGGCUGGUGGUAUGGUCAGUGCAGUGACAGGAUUGGCUUCUUUCCUUCAAACUAUGUGCGAGAGAUAUCGUAACUCAUUGUGACAUAAACUAGAGCAAGUCAAUGUCUCCUGCUGCCACAUGGUGCACAUGCACACCCUCAGCCUAGCUCCGUCCAUAGCUUACUGCUUUGUGUUUUUGUGAGUAGUAUUUUUGCAUUGUCUGUCCAACCAACUUGUAUGUGAGGCAUACAUUAUCACUGCAAAACUUCUUUCUUCUUCCGCCCAGUUUGUACACACCCCAAUAUGUGCGUGUAUAAUUUUUGCGCAGUGUGCACUAAAUAGAGUAGAACGUAAAACGUGUGCGGAGUGGGCGGAGAUAUCUGUGACGGCCGCCGCAGCGAGAAGUCGUGAGGAGUUGCGAGGGAUGGAGCCGCCGACAGAGAAAAAGGCGAGACUUCAUUUUGGGAGCUUGGAGGAGCAGGAGCGUGUGCGACUGCAAACCGGCGGAAGCUCAUUCUCCUCAGCUGUGCGGGAAGGGAUCUUGUCUGGGAACAUCAACAUCACACCGACGACUGGGGGAGUGGGUGGAGUGGCAACUGUGGUAGAUGGACAGCAGUUGCAGUUGUUACAAGAAUUUGAGAGGAGGAAGAGGGCCAAGGCUAUUGUAGUCCCCACUGAUGACUCGGAGGUGAAAGUUCGUCUAAGGGACUUGGGAGAACCAACAUGCCUGUUUGGGGAAGACCCUGCUAAUCGAAGGGAGAGGCUGCGGGAGCUGUUGUCAGCACAGCUGGAGAGGGGAGAGCUUCGGGAGGCAGUGGAGGAAGCCACCAUUGCUGCCACUGCUGUUGAUGAGGGGGUGUGGUUUCAUGAGGGUCCCGAACAGUUGCUCAAUGCGAGAUACUGGAUUGCCGACUAUUCCAUUCCAAGGGCUCAGAAAAGGCUGCAGAAUGGCAGAGAGGAGGCCAAGAGACCUGGAGCUGAGAAAGCAGCUCGCACUCAGGAGCUGCACAAGGCCUUGAGGAGCCUCAGUAACUCGGCCAGUCAGGUGGGAGAUGAGAGACCUGUUUCCUUCUGCCAGUUCUCCCCUGACUCCCAGCAGCUGGCCACCUGCUCUUGGAGUGGUCUGUGCAAGCUGUGGUCCCUUCCAUCCUGCAACCUCAUCCGAGUACUGCGCAGUCACAACGAGAGAGCAGGCUCCAUAGUGUGGCAUCCCCAGGCCACCAUCUCCCUCUCCCCAACUGCUCUCAACCUCGCCUCCUGUGCAGCAGACGGCUCCAUCUCUCUCUGGGACCUCCAGAGUGACACACCAAUGGGAGAGCUAGAAGGCCACGCCCACCGCAUCUCACGUAUUGCCUUCCAUCCGUCAGGAAGGUUCCUAGCAGCAGCUUCGUUUGACCACUCCUGGAGACUGUGGGACCUGGAGUGCCGUAUGGAGGUCCUCCACCAAGAAGGUCACUCCAGACCCGUCUACUCUGUCUGUUUCCACCCCGAUGGCUCUCUGGCUGGCUCCUGUGGGCUGGACUCAUGUGGCAGAGUGUGGGAUCUUCGCACAGGCCGCUGCCUCAUGUUACUGGACGGACACCUGCAGAGUGUUCUGGCCAUGGAUUUCAGUCCCAACGGUUACCACGUAGCAACUGGAGGCAACGACAAUGCCAUUCGUCUGUGGGACCUGAGGAAGCAGUCCUGUGUCUACACCAUCCCUGCCCACACCAAUCUUGUCUCACACGUCAAGUUUCAGAGCUUGCACGGGGGGUUCCUGGUGUCCUCUUCGUAUGACAACUCGGCCAAGAUCUGGGCACACCCUGGCUGGACCCCACUGCGUACUCUAGCUGGACAUGAGGGAAAGGUCAUGUGUGUUGAUGUCUCACCCAAUCAGAAGUAUUUUGUGACUGCCUCUUAUGAUAGGACCUUCAAACUAUGGGAAAAUGAAUGAACAUAAUAUACACACAGACACAUCUACUUCUACACAUUAUUUCAUUGCUCUGUGUAAAGUUUGUGUCACUGGCUAGCGGCGCCAAAGUAUGAUGCGUU